AUGCAAUUCAUCAAUCUUUUUUCCGCUAUUUUCAUCGCACAAAUGUUGUGCGCAUCUAAUGCUUUAGUCAUUCCUCGUGAGGUUAGAGAAAUGGAUCGUACUCAAAAUUCAGUUCAAGAAGGCUCUGGUAACUUUACUGAACUUCCACCACAUGAAGGAUCUGGUAACUUUACUAAACCUCCAUCUCAUGAAGGAUCUGGUAACUUUACUGAACUUCCACCACAUGAAGGAUCUGGUAACUCUACUGAACUUCCAUCUCAUGAAGGAUCUGGUAAUUCUGUUGAGCUAAUUAGUAAAGCUGCUGGUAAUAUCACUGACCUCAUGCAAAACAUGUCUGGAAAUUUCACUGAUCUUGACCAUGGGGCUCCUGGAAACACCACUCACAAAUCACACGAACAUCAAAAGAGAGAAGAACAUGAACACCACCACCAUAACUCCACUAUGGAACGUGACCACCACCUUAACUCUACUGAGGGACAUGAUCAUCACCACGAAGGUAAUCACACGCAUAUUGGAGAGCGUAAAGUUCAUGGCAAUUUCACUGAACUUCCACACCAUGAUGGUAACUUCACUGAGCCUAUGGGUCAGUUUGGCGGCAAUCUUACUGAAGGUAUGGGUGACUUUGGUGGUAACUUUACUGAAGGUAUGGGUCAAUUUGGUGGUAACUUCACUGAACUUCCUCACCAUCAUGACAAUUCAACUGAACAUCAUCAUCACCAUCAACACAAUUCUACUCAUGGUGAAAACAAAGAUAUCGAUUUUGAAAAGUUUCCAGAAUUUGAUGGCUCAGCUAACUUGACUGCUAUCUCUAACUAG